AUGCAAGCACGGACGCCGCACUACCUCCCCCACAGCGCGUACCAAACACACGCGGCGACCAAAGCGGACAGCAGCGCGCCGCUCUCCCCCGCGAGCGAGUUCUCGGCGCGCCUCGAGACGGCCAGCGUCGUUGCCGACCACGGCCAUGACGCGACGACGAAGCGGGCAGCGCGGAUAUUCGUGCCGGUCGCGUCGCUCCAGCCACCCCCGCCGUCGAACACGGCAGCUGGCAGACCGCAGCUUUUCCUCCUCCGCCAGCCGGUCUCCCCCGGAUCGCCCCGCCCGUCCUCUUCCCCGUCCCCGUCUCCCUCGGGCCGCUCCUUCCCGUCCACACCCUCCACGCCAAUGACGCCGCUGACCCCGCUGACGCCCGCCCCGGUGCCGGACCCGCGCAGGAAGAUGGCGAAACUGACGCGCACGCUCGGGCGCCCCCCGCCCGCCGAGCUCGUUUUCGCGGCCGAGCACGAGCGCCUCAUGCCGUCGAAGCACGUCGUCCCCGCGAUCCUCGGCGCACUCGGGCCUGCGCCGCCCCGGAUCCCGCGCCGACAACGCCAGCGGCAACACCCGGGCCCCGCGCCGUCCGUCUCGUCCGCGUCCGAUUACUCCGCCGCAUCCUCCGCGUCGCACCUCAGCCUGCACCGCACGCACUCCGCGUUCUCCUUCGACUCGGCCGCCACCGGGCACUCGGCCCCCUCCGCCCCAGGCCUCCGGCCCGCAUCCCCGGCGCCGCCGCAGUGGCACAUCGACGACGCGCCCGCGCACCCGAGCACGACCUCCGGCGCCACCCGGCACGCGCGCUACCUCUCGCGCGAGAUCGCGUUCAGCGCGCCGAGCUCGCGCGCCGCCAGCCCCGCGUCCGGCCCGGACUCCGAUGACGAGAGCCCCGCCGAGGACGGGCUGCGGCGGCACGAGGCGCGCGAGGGCUGGAGCGGCGAGUGGCGCGGCGCGGCGGGCAUGCACGACGUCGUCGCGCGCCUCCGCGAGCUGCGCUGA